AUGGAGUACUACGAAAACACUCAUUUCGACCUCAUCAUCGACAAUGUCCCCAAGCACGACGACUUCCGGCGCCUCUAUCCGGCCUGGCAUCGCAGCGGCACGGCCCGAUAUGAUUUGAAGAAGCCCUUUGACGUAAUGACAGUGAUAACAUAUGGACGCCGCGCAAGCUUUGAAGAAGGAGCCGCUAAUAUCUAUAGCCCACCGUUCAAUAAGAUCCUUACCCAAGAUGAGAGGCGUUUCUUGGACUGCUCUCUGAUGAAGUUCGUGCUAGUCCACGAGGUCAUCGUUCGAGGGCCGCAGGAUAAGUGGCAGCCUGCACCCCACGUUGCUGACGGUGCUAUGUUAGUCCGCUUAGUCCGGAGGCCGGAUGGACAGGAUAGCACUGAGUUUCGCAAAUCAUAUGAGACUUUGCAGGCGACUGCCAUUCUAUCUGCCGUCAAUGGCUGCGUCGACUACCGCUGCAAUUACGUCUCUGAGUUAGACCAGUACAACUUCAUGACCUCUCAACUUACGGAAGAAUACGGCCAUGGCUUGACCGCCUCCUUUGACCUUAUCGAGGAGUUUUGCUUCUCCUCUGUCGCUAACGCUGAGGCUGGAGCGCGAGCUCUAGAGGGUAUUGGUGUCCACUCAACACUAUUGCGGGGCAUGCGGUACACUCAUGCAAUAGUUUGCGAUACGCGUCAACGCACCUAUUGA